AUGAAAAGUAAUAAUUUAUUUAAGAAAAUAUCAAAACAUGAGAAAAGUAAAACCGUUCCAACUUCAUACCCGAAAAAAAGUUCAUCAAAAAGCAGUUUUAGUACGAUAAGCUUAAAAUCAAAAAAAUCUGGUAGCAUUAUAGCUACUAUUAAAAGAGUAAUCAGCGGUAAAAAACCUAAAGGUUCAGAUACAACAAUUAAAGAGUUUAAUUUGCCUUCAGAAGAUAAAAGUAACUCAUCCAUUGCCAUUCAAUCUGAUGGUGGGACAUACGAAAUUGAAAUGAAAAAUGAUUUAUUAGAUACACGAUCUUAUUUUAAUGAAAUUCCAGAGGUUACACAUGAAAUAAGCAAAAAUAAACUAAAUGAAUCUGAAAAUAAUACUCCCAGGGCAAUUCAACCAGAACAUAGUUCAUUUGCUACCUUACCCAUAGAAAGCAAGAAAAAAAUUGAAAAUAUUAGAUUUACGAGAAGUGAUGAUAAUACAAUAAUACAGUUUAGAAAAAACCAUAUUCAUGAAGUUUCUGAAAUUAAUUUUAAACAAAUACAGGAAUUAGCCACACAACUUAAAGAAAUGGAGAUUGUCUCAAAACACGCCCAACUACAAUGUGAUGUUGAUUUUAAAACGAGCACGGUUAUAAACCAAAUCUGGGUUCAACAACUGGAAGUAGUCCGAAGCCAAGAACGAGCUUUACAAGAUAUGCUAAACGCCAUGGUCAAACAAAAUAGGAAAUUGCAAAGCGAAAAUGAAACUCUAUUCAGAAAACACGAAAAGUCAAUAAAAAAGUUACAUGCCUUCACAGAGUAUAAGUCUAUGCAGGAUUUGGAAGAUACUUUUAAAUGCAAUUGUGAUAAGGAACUUGAUUAUGUUUUAAAUCACAAUGAAAAACUUCAACAAAGAUUGGAUACGUACAGCCAACAAUUAGAACAGUAUGAAAAUGACUUGAGUCUUUCUCAAAGAAAAUGCGAUGGUUUAAAUAAACAACUUAGAUCUUCAAAUACAGACAUUCAAUUUUUGAAGGCUAAGUUAGAAAGAUCCAAAAUAGAUUACAAUUUAGAAGUUGUAUCUUUAAAUGUAAAAUUACAAAAUAGCGAACAAGUGCUAAAGGAAACAAUGGAAGUUGGAGAGAGUUUAAUAGGGGAUCUUAAUAAUAUUAAGAAACAAUUUAAAGAUAUGCCAACAUCGAUUAACUGGUCAAAACUAAAGGUAUCAUUUAAAAUUUUAUUUAAACUUCUUCAUAGCUAUACAAAUAAAAUAUUUAAAUAUCUUAUUUAG